GCGUGUGAGCGGGACAGGAUGAUGAGCGGACAAUGAUGAUGGCCAGGAAGCAGGACGCCCGCAUUCCCACCUACAACGUGAGCGUGGUGGGGCUGUCUGGCACCGAGAAGGAGAAGGGGCAGUGCGGCGUCGGCAAGUCCUGCCUCUGCAACCGCUUCGUGCGGCCCAGCGCCGACGAGUUCCACCUGGACCACACGUCGGUGCUGAGCACCAGUGACUUCGGGGGCAGGGUGGUCAACAAUGACCACUUCCUCUACUGGGGGGAGGUGGUGCGGGCGCUGGAGGAGUGCGUGGACUGCAAGAUGCACGUGGUGGAGCAGACGGAGUUCAUCGACGACCAGACCUUCCAGCCCCACCGCAGCACGGCCCUGCAGCCCUACAUCAAGAGGGCGGCGGCCACCAAGCUGGCGUCGGCGGAGAAGCUGAUGUACUUCUGCACCGACCAGCUGGGGCUGGAGCAGGACUUCGAGCAGAAGCAGAUGCCCGACGGGAAGCUGCUGGUGGACGGGUUCCUGCUCUGCGUCGACGUCAGCCGGGGCAUGAACAGGAACUUCGACGACCAGCUCAAGUUCGUGUCGAACCUCUACAACCAGCUGGCCAAGACCAAGAAGCCCGUCGUGGUGGUGCUGACCAAGUGCGACGAGGGCGUGGAGCGCUACAUCCGCGACGCCCACGCCUUCGCCCUGGGCAAGAAGAACCUGCAGGUGGUGGAGACCUCGGCCCGCUCCAACGUCAACGUCGACCUGGCCUUCAGCACCCUGGUGCAGCUGGUGGACAAGAGCCGGGGCAAGGCCAAGAUCAUCCCCUACUUCGAGGCGCUGAAGCAGCAGAGCCAGCAGAUCGCGGCGGCCAAGGACAAGUACGAGUGGCUCGUGAGCCGCAUCGUCAAGAGCCACAACGAGGCCUGGGCCAACGUGAGCCGCAAGAUGCAGCCGUCGCCCGAGUACCAGGACUACGUGUACCUGGAGGGCACGCAGAAGGCCAAGAAGCUCUUCCUGCAGCACGUGCACCGCCUCAAGCAGGAGCACAUCGAGCGCCGGCGCAAGACCUACCUGGCCCUGCUGCCCCAGGCCUUCGACGCCCUCAUCCCCGACCUGGACGAGAUCGACCACCUGGGCCGGGGCAAGGUGGAGAAGCUGCUGGAGGCCAAGCCCGACUUCCUCAAGUGGUUCGUGGUGCUGGAGGAGACGCCCUGGGACGCCACGAGCCACGUGGACAACGUGGAGAACGAGCGCAUCCCCUUCGACCUGAUGGAGACGCCGCCCGCCGAGCAGCUCUACGAGGCCCACCUGGAGAAGCUGAGGAACGAGCGGAAGCGGGCGGAGAUGAGGAGGGCCUUCCGGGAGAACCUGGAGACGUCGCCCUUCAUCACGCCCGGGAAGCCCUGGGAGGAGGCUCGGAGCUUCAUCAUGAACGAGGACUUCUACAUGUGGCUGGAGGAGUCCGUGUACAUGGACAUCUACGGCAGGCACCAGAAGCAGAUCAUAGACAAGGCCAAGGAGGAGUUCCAGGAGCUGCUCCUGGAGUACUCGGAGCUGUUCUACGAGCUGGAGCUCGACGCCAAGCCCAGCAAGGAGAAGAUGGGCGUCAUCCAGGACGUGCUGGGCGAGGAGCAGCGCUUCAAGGCCCUGCAGAAGCUGCAGGCCGAGCGCGACGCCCUCAUCCUCAAGCACAUCCACUUCGUGUACCACCCCACCAAGGAGACGUGCCCCAGCUGCCCCGGCUGCGCCGACUCCAAGGUGGAGCAGCUGCUGGGCUCCCGCUUCAUCCGGCCCUCGGAGCGCAACCAGAAGAACCUGCUGCUGGACUCCGGCAUCGACAGGAUCAACCUGGUGAUCCUGGGCAAGGACGGGCUGGCGCGGGAGCUGGCCAACGAGAUCCGGGCGCUGUGCACCAACGACGACAAGUACGUCAUCGAGGGCAAGAUGUACGAGCUGUCGCUGCGGCCCAUCGAGGGCAACGUGCGGCUGCCCGUCAACGCCUUCCAGACGCCCACCUUCCAGCCCCACGGCUGCCUGUGCCUCUACAACUCCAAGGAGUCGCUGUCCUACGUGGUGGAGAGCAUCGAGAAGAGCCGCGAGUCCACCCUGGGCCGCCGGGAGAACCACCUGGUGCACCUGCCCCUGACGCUGGUCCUGGUCAACAAGAGGGGCGACGCCAGCGGGGAGACCCUGCACAGCCUGGUCCAGCAGGGCCAGCAGAUCGCCAGCAAGCUGCAGUGCGUCUUCCUGGACCCGGCCUCGGCCGGCAUCGGCUACGGCCGCAACAUCAACGAGAAGCAGAUCAGCCAGGUGCUCAAGGGCCUGCUGGACUCCAAGCGCAACCUCAACCUCGUCGGCUCCACGCCGGGCCUCAAGGAGCUGGCGGACGUGGACCUGCGCAUCGUCAUGUGCCUCAUGUGCGGGGACCCCUUCGGCGCCGACGACGUGCUGCCGAGGAACAUCCUGCGCAGCCUCAGGAGGACCACCAAGAAACCAAAGCCCAAGGCGCGGCCCUCGGUCACCAAGAGCACGUGGGAGAGCAGCUACUUCGGGGUGCCCCUGGCCAGCGUCGUGUCCCCCGAGCGGCCCAUCCCCGUCUUCAUCGAGCGCUGCAUCGAGUACAUCGAGGCCACGGGGCUGAGCACGGAAGGGAUUUACCGGGUCAGCGGGAACAAGUCGGAGAUGGAGAGUCUGCAGCGACAGUUUGACCAGGACCACGGGCUGGACUUGGCCGAGAAGGAUUUCACCGUCAACACCGUGGCUGGGGCCAUGAAAAGCUUCUUCUCGGAGCUGCCGGAGCCCCUGGUGCCCUACGCCAUGCAGGUGGAGCUGGUGGAGGCCCACA